AUGGGCGCGAAGAAGGACAAGAAAGCCAAGAGCGGAGCGCAUGCGGAAACACCGCUGGAGCCUGUCUUCGACAACCCCAAUGCAUCUUUCCAUGAGCGCAUCACGAUGGCGCUGGAUCAGUUGAGAGCUUACUUCGGAAUGGACUUCGAGACGAGCCUGCCCCUGCCGCAAACCGAAGGAUUCCAGGCUCCCAUCGAUCUGGUCUUGAUGGCGGAACGCUUGCCGAAAGAUGCUUGGGGUGCUCAAGUGUUGGUGUCUGGGGCAGUCAACUGCCUCUGGGACAGCUGUUUGGCGUCGCUUACUCCAUCGGUGACGGUCAACGAGUCUAGCCUGGAGGCCUUCAUCCGGAAAACUUGGCCUGAGGGGGUGGUAAAACCACUGACGGAGCCUGUGGACUUCCGAGCCAUGCCAGACAGUUCCCUGAGAUCGUUUACACGCCUCUCUCCAGAGGAGCCUGUCCAGGCGAUGGUGAUUCACAUCGCCCGGCGCAUCGCAAGUGGAGCACCCAAGAAGGAAAUGGACGCCUGGAAGAAAUGCAUUCUGAGCUGCCCAGGCCGAUUUAUCCGGGCCGACAGCUUCGAGGAGCAAUACUUCUGGGCAGUGAACUGCCGACGGAAAACGAAGUUUAUGGCAGACAUGGUCCAGCACCUUCCAUCGCAAGUGGUAUGCGACAUAUGGCUGUUCAAGAGAAGAACAGAAGCCAAGCACAACAAGAGCUUCACGCACGGACAGAUCGCCGAUCUCUACCGGGAGCACUUGGAGGGCUGCACAGAGGACGAGGAGCCGCGCUCCGAUGCCAAGCUCAUCGAAAACGCGGUGACUGUGUAUGACAAGGUGCUAUCGAACCCGAUCGUGUUGGCUCUGGUGCAGAAGGCGGAAGCUACGUACAAGGACAAGACCCCCUGGAGCAUCGCCAAGCUCCUGAAGGUUUACUACAAGUGCAAAACCCCCCAGCGCGUGCAGUAUUGCUUCCAGCUGAUUGACGUUGCACUCCGGCAUGGCGGCUUGGAGACGGCAGAUCUCUCGGACAGGAAGCUAGAGGGUACCUCGGGCAAGAUCGGGACGCUGGAGCUUGUCAUCACCAAGAAAGGUCUCCGAGACUUCUUCAUGGGACGGUUUUUGGACUGCCGAAAUUUUCCAGCAGAUGAGAAGCUGCAGUUGAGGAAGAUUUUUGCAGAUCCGGCAGUGUACGAGCAGGUGUUCUUGACGGAAGAGGACAGGUCGUUUGCGAGCCAAUGGCGGGAAAGCACGUCCCUUCUGAUGCAGAUGGUCGAGAGCACCUGCUUCCUCUUCGACCCUCAAGAAUCGAGCACAAUCAAGACUGGCUUGAAAAACAGCAAAACAGCACAGGAGAUCGCCGAAGAGUACAACCCAUGGAAAAAACUUGUGGAGGAGAUUGACCAAAAGCUCGCCACAGAGGGCACGGUAAUCCAGGCCGCGAACUGCCAGGAGGAGCAGGAGGCAGCAGCUGCCUCUGAAAAUGCCGAGGCGGCGAAGGACACCAGUGCAGGGCAGCCGAAAGAGGCUUCAGAGGAGGGGGUUGACUUGUCUUCCGUGCAGGAGAGCUGGCUGAACUAUGCCAGGCGGCACAUCUCUAUGUAUUGCACCUUCGUGGUCGAAAAAGGUUUGUCGGCCAGUGCUUUGCAGAAGGAGAUUGCCAAGUCGCGCAUCGGCACAGCGAGGCCCGCAGCCGGCAGCAACCAUGUUACGUACUUCGACGCCAACGUCUUCGGCGAGUCGGUGACAUCGCCACACAUACGCCAGGGUCCACUGCAAGCCCCCGUGAUCCAGAAGAUGUGGACCGCCGUUUCCAAAGCGCGUGCUAUGGACGAUCAGCCGGGAACCUUGCCGCCAAACGACAUCGUGAUCCUGGUGGAUGGGGGGCGUCAGAACAACAGUGUGCUUUUGAAGGCUGUUGGCCUGUCUGCGUCGGAGCGAGCUACUGUUGACAAGGGCAAGAAGCCGCAGGACGGCAAAACCCUGGCGCGGGAGAUUGUGAUCACACUGGAUGAGGCAUCUGUGGCAGCCCGCAAGUUUCGCAAGGCGAAGGGCUUGAAGCUCAACUGCCACCAGAAAGCCUUGAUCUUCUACAACGGCCGCACCACCAUCCCGAGCCGAUCCCACAAACACUUUCCGCAAAGCACAAACAUGAGCAACGUUCUCGGCCCGAUUUCUCUCCAGGCUUGGCAAAACCUGCCGAAAAUGCGGUUUGGCGACAAGAAAACCUUCUGGGGUGCCCGACGACGGGCAGUUGGGGGACGCUCUGACGAUGCGGAUGAUGAUGCGGCGACAGGCUCGGAGACUGAGAGUGCGGACGACAAUGAAGAAGAGAACCAGGCGGUGGCAGGGGAUGUGACCAUGCAGCUGCCAACGGUAGGGGCUGGCAGAGGAGCCAAAGGCUUGGAGGACCAUGUGGUUCAACCGGUAUCCUACCACCAGCUGCCCCCGAUGGUGGCUGACAGCCUGCUUCAUGCCUUUUGGGCAGGAAGCUGCGUGGACCUAACCCCGGGAGCGGGGGACCUGUGUCUGGAGUGCAUCCUCGCCCACAUCCCGUACAUGGGCAUCGUUGCGACGCCCGAGCAGCGGGACUUUAUCAAGAUGCAGGUGGAAAAGCGUGUGCUUGCGGCGAUGGCAGAGACCGGCUCUAAAGUCUACGAGGUGGAGACCCGGCGCAAGGAGCUGGAUGCCAAGCGCAAGGCGGAAGAGUUGGAGAAGAAGAAGACUCAGCCCCAGAAGAAGGCAAAGCUGACCGCCCCGAAAAAGGAGGAUGCUACUGGCGCUGACACUACCGCCGGCGAGGGUGACAAGACGACCAAGGACAAGGGCGGCAAGCGGAAGGCCGGGCAGCCUUCGACAGGGCUUUCUGAGGCAUUGCAGAAGAUGCUCGACGCCGCCAAAGGCGGCAAAGAGGGCGCGGCCAGUGGCAGCGCAGCGUGA